CGCCCGCCCCGCGCCGCCCCACUCGGAACCUCCUCCCCGCCCAGGCGCGCUCGGCCGAGCGGCGGCGGCGGCGGCGGCCGAGGAGGGAAGAUGGCGGCGGGCUCGGAUCUGCUGGACGAGGUCUUCUUCAACAGCGAGGUGGACGAGAAAGUGGUGAGCGACCUGGUGGGCUCGCUCGAGUCGCAGCUGGCGGCCAGCGCGGCCCACCACCACCACCUCGCGCCGCGCACGCCCGAGGUGCGGGCCGCGGCCGCCGGCGCGCUCGGGAACCAUGUUGUGAGCGGCAGCCCGGCCGGAGCCGCGGGCGCCGGCGCGGCCGCCCCCGCCGAGGGCGCGCCCGGAGCGGCGCCGGAGCCGCCCCCCGCAGGGCCCGCGGCGCCGCCGGCCGCGAAGCUGAGGCCGCCGCCCGAGGGCAGCGCGGGGCCCUGCGCCCCGGUCCCCGCCGCCGCCGCCGCCGCCGCCGCCGCCAGCGCGGGGCCGGAGCCCGCCGCCGCCGGCCCCGCCAAGCCCGCCGGCCCCGCCGCGCCGGCCGCCCGCGCGGGGCCCGGCCCCGGGCCCGGCCCCGCCAAGCCCGCCGGCCCCGCCGCGCAAACUUUGAAUGGGGGCGCCGCGCUGCUGAACUCGCACCACGCCGCACCUGCUGUCAGCCUGGUCAACAACGGGCCCGCGCCGCCGCCGCCGCCGCCCAAGCCCGCGCCCGGCACUGUCAUCCAGACGCCCCCUUUCCUGGGCGCCGCCGCGCCCCCCGCGCCCGCCGCCGCCGCCCCCUCGCCCCCCGCCGCCCCCGCGCCCGCCGCCGCCCCGCCCCCGCCGCCGCCCGCGCCGGCCACCCUGGCCCGGCCGCCCGGCCACCCGGCUGGACCCGCGCCCGCCGCGCCGCCCCCCGCCGCCGCCGCCGCGCAGAACGGGGGCAGCGCUGGGGCCGCCCCCGCCCCCGCCCCCGCUCCGGCCGCCGGGGGCCCCGCGGGGGGCAGCGGCCAGCCCGGGCCAGGCGUGCCCGCCGCGGCGCCCGUGCAGGGGGUCAAGGCCGAGUCGCCCAAGACGGUGGUGGCGGCGGCGGCGGCGCCCCCGCCCCCGCAGACCCUGGCGGCCGGCGGCGCGGCCAGCUCGACGCCCGGCAUGAUCCUGGGGCCAACUAUGCAAGGGGCGCUGCCCAGCCCGGCCGGCGUCCCGCCGCCCGCCCCCGGGACCCCCACGGGGCUGCCCAAAGGCGCGGCCGGCGCCGUGACCCAGAGCCUGCCCCGCACGCCCACGGCCGCCAGUGGCGGCAUCCGGGCCACCCUGACGCCCACCGUGCUGGCCCCACGCCUGCCGCAGCCGCCUCAGAACCCGACCAACAUCCAGAACUUCCAGCUGCCCCCAGGUGAGUGGACGCGCGGCGGGAGGGGCGGGCGGCCGCGGCUUCCGGGAAGUUCUCGCCGGCGACGCGCUGAGGGCGGCUGUCCCGCGGGGCGCGGGCGCCCCUGCCCGGGUGCGGUGGCCUGGCCCGGCUGCCGCUGGCUCCGGCCCGGGGUUGGUCUGCGUUUCAGAGUUGCCGGCCCGGGCAGGCGUCCUUGGGUGCCCCUGUGCGUCGGGCGACCCGCAGUGUGACUCUCGCGGGGACUGGCCCUCGGGGCCGUGCUGGGGGGGCCCGCCGGCCCACCGGCUCUCCUGCUGCCCGUCUCUGGGCUGAGGAGGCAGCUUGGCGGAGCCCCCCUCCCACGCACACGCGCGCGCGCACACGCACACGCGCGCGCUCCAGUGAGGUCAAGGCAGGGUGAUCCGGUGGCGUGCGCCCCGUAGGCUGCUCUACCGCCGGCCCCAGGAAGGCAGGGGCCCGGAGCCCGAGCGCUGUGCCGGGAGUGGGCUGAGCGCUCGCCGUGUUGCGGCUCCGCGUGGAGCAGGGGCUCCCGGGGUGGGGUUCCGGCCUCGGCCCGCUCACAGCCUCGCCGGGGCCGUCCUCCCCGGGGUCCUGAGGUCCCGCAGCUUGGCCAUCGCCAGCAGGGGUGCGGCUGCCCCAGAGCCGCCCCGCGCCUGUGAGCGCUCCUCCCCUGGUGGAGUGAGGACGCUCGCCGGGCAGCCGUAGCCGCUGCGGUGGCAGGAGCGAAGCGCUGGCCCUUCUAUCUUCCUGCUUUCCGGAAAGGGCCGGUGGUCACUUUGGGAGAGUCCGGGAGGUGCCGGGCCCCUGGCCACGCGUCGCAGGAGGUGGUUUUCCUAGGCAGGAGUGCUUCUGGGUGACCUAGGAGGGGCCAGGCGCCCCUCACCCCAGCUGGGCAGGCGGCGUGGUCCUAGGGUGUUGGCCGAAGGCUGUUUGGCGCGGUAGGUGUGUGGUUGACUUUUCGGUAGGAAGUGCGGCAGAUUUUGAGUAGAGUUUUCCCAGGAGGCUGGUGGGCUGGUCUGCUUAUGAAGUGACAGCUCCGUCUCCGCACCCUCUCUGGGAUCCUGCGUGGCAGCAGGUGCCUCCCUGUGGCGAGGCGGCCCCGCUGUCCUGUGGCUGUACCUGGAUGAGCUGCUGGCGCUCUGCCCUGGGCCUCCUGGGGGCUGGGGGCCUCUGCCAUCCGCCCCAUGCCCCCUUUCUGUUUAAAGAUUGACUUAUUUGAGAGGCAGAGGCAGAGAGAGAGGUCUUCCAUCCGCGGGUUCACUCCCUAAAUGUCCACACCGGCUGGAGCUGCGCUGAUUGGGAGCCAGGAGCUGCUUCUGGGUCUCCCGCGUGGUUGCAGGGGUCCAAGCACUUAGGCAUUUCCGCUGCCUUCCCAGGCCACAGCAGAGAGCGGGAUUGGAAGUGGAGCAGCCGGGACUUGAACCGGCGCCCAUAUAGGAUGCCAGCACUGCAGGCGGCGGCUUUAUUGCCUUUGCCACAGCGCCGGCCCCCAUCCCUGUCUUUUUUUUUUUUAUUAUUUUAAGAUUUAUUUAUUUAUUUGAAAGAGUUAUGCAGAGGAGAGGCAGAGAGAGAGAGGUCCUCCAUCACUGGGUCACUCCCUAAUUGGCUGCAAUGCCGGAGCUGUGCCGAUCCAAAGCCAGGAGCCUCCUCUGGGUCUCCCAUGCGGGUGCAGGGGCCCAAGGACUUGGGCCGUCCUGCACUGCCCUCCCAGGCCACAGCAGAGAGCCAGAUCGGAAGUGGAGCAGCUGGGCCUCCAACCGGCGCCCGCGUGGGACACCGGCACUGCAGGCUAAGCCACAGCGUCGGCCCCAGCCGUCCCGGUCCUAAAGUGUGCUGAGACCCUGUCUGCCUCGUGCUGCUCUGGGAGGUCAGUGUUGGCCGGCUGGGUCUGGCCAGGAGGCCGCUGCACCUGGGGAUGGGUGUUUGCCAGCCAGGAGGCCCCUGCACCCGGGGGUGGGUGUUUGCCAGUGUCCCAGGAGCGAGCGCGUGCUCUCUGGGGUCCGCAGCUCUUCAGGAAGAGGGAGUGACGCCCCCCUCGGGGCCCCUGGGCCGGUCUGCAGGUGAGGAACCCAACAACUGCUGAUGGCUUGGCGCCGAGACAGCACGAUUUGACUUUAUAAAUCAAAGAGAAGGGUUAUCGAUACUCUCUCCACACCCUGUCGUUGAUCAGAAAAUAGGAAAUUCUUGUUUUUUUCUCCGUGGAACUCUCUCAUAAUGGAAAUGGGAAUAACUUGGAGACAUAACUCCUGCUGGGCUACCAGCAGGGGUUAUGGCUGGUUCCUGGCACAGCUCAGGCGGGCUGGAGGCAGUGACAGAGUGGGAGGGCUCUCCCCGUGGGGCCUUCCCUUUGUGGGGGUCCUGGAUGGGCCGGGGCGGGACAGAGCCUCGCCCGGCCGCCCUCCAGGAGCUCCUGAGAGCCGUUUGUUGGAUUCGGGUUGGUUGUUGUCAGGGUGGCCUUUGUGCUGUUGUAGUUUGCUGUUUUGAAGGGGCUGGAGCCUAAAUUUUACCCACGUGGGAGUAACGCGGAACCCUAACAAGGUGUUGGAGGGAUCAUUGGCGCCAUCGCAGUUGUCUGGAGUGCCCUGCAGAGAGCCAGUGCGUGACCUCGAAGUGGUUCAGGCAGAAGUGACAUCCAGGGGACGUCGCGAUGAAGCAGGCAGGGGGCGGCACACAGCUGCCACGGCCUCGAUGGUCCUAGGCUGAUGCGCUAAAGGUCGUCCUUGGGCCGCACGGUGGGUCUCGGCGAUGUCCUGUGUCCUGGCUGACCCUGUAGCUCACAGCUCGGGCCGGUGUAGGUUCCUCAUGGACCCAGAGGUGGGCGUCGGGGGCUUGUUUUCCGCGGUGCCGCCGAGGCUGACAGGGUUCUCAGCUCUGGUGAGGGUGUUGCUUGUUGGUAGGACGGGAAAGCCGGCCGUGCUGUGGGUUGGUCCCAGGCUGGUCGGCACAGAGCACAGGCCUGGGACGCGGUGGCAGCUCUGGCGGCAGGUGCUCUUGGCACGAGGGUCGUCGUGGUUCGAGGUCUGGGUUGUUGCUUGUGCACUGUGUCUGCUCGGUGCUUGUGCCCCCAUUUCCCUGGCUGCGUCGGGGAAGAGCCGGGGGUCCCGGCUGUCAGGUGGCACUGAUGCCUCACGCACGGGGCCCGUGUCGCCACUUGGUGCACACGCACGUUGCCACGUUGCUUUGGCAGGGACAGGAUCUUCCGCGGACAGCUUUAGUCGGAUGGGAGCAUCCCCAGAGCGAGUUCUCGGCAGGAAGGGUGUGCGGUGGUGGCCGAGUCCGCGCUGGGGUCGCCGCUGGGCUGCGGCUGCCUGCGUGGCCUGGGCUGGGGCCGGAGCCUGCCUUCGGCCGAACGCCUGCUUGAUUUUCCUCUCGGUGUCCUCAGGUGGCAGCGACAUCUGCAGAGAACAAAGGAUAACUGGAGCCCUGGGGGCAGCCUUGGGGGCAGCCCUGGGCCCCUCUGUCCCCUCCUGGGCCCCGCCUGCCCGGCCUGCGGUCCUGGCGCUCGCUGGGGUCUCUGGGAUGCGUGCAGGCCUUCUUGGUCGCUGGGGUUUGGAUAGAUGCGCAGGCGUCUGCUGUGUGCAGGCAGCCGGGCUCGGGGUCGCGGCACCCUGCGGCGGUGUUGGAGUGUGGGAAGACGACUUCUGAAGUCCCAGCCGAGCCGUGUUGGUGAGGCCCUGGGAGGAGGCCCCUUGGCCAGGUGGCGUCUGGUGAGCCUGAGGGAAGGUGGCCCUUCCAGAGUCGCUGAGUGCGGAGUCCCUGGACACGGGGCCGUGCGCCGGGCAGUUGGCCUUGAACAGGCAGGGUGGCCCAGGGCAGCCUCGGCUCCCUGCAGGCCCGGCGCUGGACACAGCUCUGAGGGCAGGCGGUGCUGCCGGGUCUGGUAGCUUCCAGAGCCACUCCCAGGAGAAGUGUGUGUGUCGCCCCUGAAGCGGCACAUUUGAAGAUGCAUUUUGUAAAUAGCUUGUUGUUUAUGAGUUGAUCAAAAUAUAUUAACAACUUAUUUUUUUAAUAAUUAUCUGAAAGGCACAGUUAGAAAGAGAGCGGCAGAGAGAGAGAGAGAGCGAGAGCGAGCUGUCUUCUGUCUUCUGUCUGCUGGCUCACCAAAUGGCCACAACGGCCGGGCAGGGCCAGACAAAAGCCAGGAACCAGGAGCUUCUCUGCAUCUCCCUGGUGGGCGCAGGGCCUCUGCUGUCUUCCAGGUGCGUCAGCCGGGAGCUGGAUUGGGAGUGGAGCAGCUGGAUCGGGAGUGGAGUAGCUGGAUUGGGAGUGGAGUAGCUGGGACUUGCACUGCUGCCCACGUGGGUGCCGGCACUGCAGGUGGUGGCCCUACCCACCACGCCCACAGUGCCGGCCCCAACUGUUUUCUUUAUAUAAUUUUUAAAGAUGUAUUUAUUUAUUUGAAAGUCAGACUUAUACAGAGAGAGGAGAGGUGCGGGAGUGGGGAGUCUUCCAUCCGCUGGUUCACUCCGCAAGCGGCUGCAACGGCCAGAGCUGAGCCAAUCCGAAGCCAGGAGCCAGGAGCUUCUUCCGGGUCUCCCAUGUGGGUGCAGGGGCCCAAGGACCUGGGCCAUCUUCUACUGCUGUCCCAGGCCAGAGAGCUGGAUCGGAGGUGGAGCAGCCGGGAUUUGAACCAGUGCCCAUAUGGGAGGCCGGCACUGCAGGCAGCGGCUUUACCUGCUGCGGCACAACGCCAGCCCUUUUAAAAAUAUUGCAGCAGAUACCUGAACGGGUUGUGGGGCACUUGCCCGAGAUUUGGGUGCCUCGUGUCUUCGUGUCUUCGUGUUCAUAAGCGGGCAGCAGCUCCUGCUCAGUUCUCCCUCGUGGAUCCGUCACAGCCAGGCCUUUGGUGACAGAACACUGAAGCUGAGGAAACCCAGGGCAGGCGCUUGCGGCUUUGGGACCUUUGUGGGGUGCCCUGGCGACCGCCGGCAGCCCGAGGUGGCCGUGAGGCGGGCAGUGUCGGCUGCAGAGGCAGACGGCCGCUUCUGGAACUUGCUCCCUGUUCAGUGCUCGGUGAAGUCGAUCACGGGCUGUCGGGCUGGGGUUGCACGGCCUCGGACGCUUCACACCAGAAGUUUUGUGUGUUUUUUUCAUACCUCUGAGUUUUUGCAUUAAGAUGCUAAGACUUUUAAAAACAAAAAGACAAAAAUUGUGCACAGUUAGGCCUCGACCCCCCCACUUUGGAAUGUGUAGACCCCGAUACCUUUGCUCGACUCCCCUGAGGUGUCAGCCUCACCCCUGUGUGUCCCCGACCCCGUGUGUCCCCACUGACCCCUGUGUGUGUCCCCGACCCCGUGUGUCCCCACUGACCCCUGUGUGUGUCAGCCUCACCCUGUGUGUCCCCACUGACCCCUGUGUGUGUCAGCCUCACCCCUGUGUGUCCCCACUGACCCCUGUGUGUGUCAGCCUCACCCCUGCGUGUCCCCACUGACCCCUGUGUGUGUCAGCCUCACCCUGUGUGUCCCCACUGACCCCUGUGUGUGUCAGCCUCACCCCUGCGUGUCCCCACUGACCCCUGUGUGUGUCAGCCUCACCCUGUGUGUCCCCACUGACCCCUGUGUGUGUCAGCCUCACUCCUGCGUGUCCCCACUGACCCCUGUGUGUGUCAGCCUCACCCCUGCGUGUCCCCACUGACCCCUGUGUGUGUCAGCCUCACCCCUGCGUGUCCCCACUGACCCCUGUGUGUGUCAGCCUCACCCUGUGUGUCCCCACUGACCCCUGUGUGUGUCAGCCUCACCCCUGUGUGUCCCCACUGACCCCUGUGUGUGUCAGCCUCACCCCUGCGUGUCCCCACUGACCCCUGUGUGUGUCAGCCUCACCCUGUGUGUGUCAGCCUCACCCCUGUGUGUCCCCUGACCCCUGUGUGUCCCCGACCCGUGCGUGUUACCCUCACCCCUGUGUGUGUCAGCCUCACCCCUGUGUGUCCCCUGACCCCUGUGUGUCCCCGACCCGUGCGUGUUACCCUCACCCCUUUGUGUCCCCUGACUCCUGUGUGUCAUCCUCACCCCUGUGUGUGUCACCCUCACCUCUGUGUGUGUCUCCGACCCCUGUGUGUCCCCUUACCACUGUGUCUCCCUUGGCCCCUGUGUGUCAGCCCUCACCCCUGUCUGUAUGUCAGCCCUGACCCCUGUGUCUCCCUUGGCCCCUGUGUCUCCCCUGACCCCGCGUGUGUCUGAACUGGCUGGCCUCUGGCUUCUCUGACCCCAGAUAGCCACUGUCCCAUCUGGUCCCUGCUGCUGUGUGUGCAUGUCACAGGAAGUGCCGCUGCCAUUG